AUGACAAAUCGAGAGGAGAGUGUAUUUUUCCGAAAGAUCAAACCAUGCAUUGAAAAGUACAUGCCCUGUUAUUCUCCUUCUUCUUCUUCUUCAAAAGAAUGUGAAAUACAGUUUGAGUCUACUUUCGAAUUAUCAUAUGGAAACAGUGGUUUUCGAGAUAAAUACAAAGCAACUGGUUGUGAAUUGUUAAAUGUUUUUAACAAAUGUGGCAUCCUAGUAGGGUUGUUAUUUAUUAAAUACAACUAUGAGAGAGCCAUAAGAUACAAUUUAUUUCAUUACUCUUUUGAGGAAGGAAAGAAUGUAAUUCAUCACAAGUUGUUAAACAAUUUGAAGCAUAAAAUUCGAUGGAAGAAUGUUGGAAUAAUUAUAACAGCUUCUCACAAUGCGCAUGACGAAAAUGGUGUAAAGAUAAUAGAUCAGAAUGGAAGACAAAUAAAUGAAUUAUAUGAAAAUUAUUUAUCUGAACUUGUAAACAAACAUUUAAGAUAUUUAAAGAAAAAUAAAAAAUGUAUCAUUGAUGAUAUUGUUCAUGAUAUAAUUAAUUUCAUUGCACAGUUCUUUAAAGAAGAAAUAAAUAUCGAUAUAUAUGAUAAUGAAAUAUUUAAUAAUAUAAACAAAUUAGAUAACAUAAUACAUUAUUGUAAUGUUAAUAAUGUACUAAAAGGAAAUGUGUGCAUCGGAUUUGAUACCAGGACUAGUUCAAUCCAUUUAAAUAAUAUCAUUAUAGAAACCUUAAACUCUCUUAAUAUUUACAAGUGUAUAAAUAAUAUGUGUUAUGUUACAACACCAUGUAUGCAUUUCAUUGUAUAUUUUUUUAACGAAAUAUUUAUAGACCAGAAAUUAGACACCGAGGUUGUUAAGGACGAGAAAUACGUUAUACAUAAAAAAAAAGGAGACUUAAAUUAUAUGAACAAUUUUCACAUUCAGGAAACAAAAUCAAUUAUGGAUCUCUACUACUUUGGGAGGGAGAUAAAACAAAAUAACUCUUCAUAUGAUAGUCUCAAAAACCAUAAUGAUGAAGAAGAAACAGAUUUGAAAAAUAAAUUCCAUAAAUUUAAAGACCAUUUACAAAUGGAAAAUUAUUGCCCUUCGGAAGGAAACAAACUCCAUCAUAGAAAUUGGCACCAUCUAGUGGCUCAUAACAGUGACAGAAUUUACUACGACUAUUUUAUACGCUCUUUUGAAAAGCUUUACAAUUAUAUUAACGAAAUAUUUAAUGACAUUUUAAAAAAAAAUUGUAAAGAAGAAAUUAUAUAUGUAGAUUGCUCUAACGGAAUAGCUAGCUUAAAAUUAGACAAUUUUCAUGACAUUUUUAAAAUUUUAAAAAAAAAAAUAAUUAAAAUAAAUUUUUUGCAAGAUGAAAAAAGCGUUCUAAAUUUCCAUUGUGGUGCUGACUAUGUUUAUAGGAAAAGAAAAAUACCUCGAAAUGGUAUCAAACUUAUCCAAAAUCCAAAGACGAAAUUGUGUUCAUUUGAUGGGGAUGCAGAUCGAGUAGUCUACUUAUAUGUCAAUGACACAUUGCCAGCUUCCCUCAAAGAGAAGAAGGAAGAAAUCGCUCGUGAAAUAAUAAGCACAGAAGGAGUAGGUAAAAACGAGGGUGUACCCCUUCAUGGGAACGUCAAUUGUGUUGCCAUUUUAGAUGGUCCGAAAAUAAUUUGUCUAUUUUUUAAAUGCAUAGCAAAAAUGCUGAGCCAUGUUGAGGUAAAAAAAAAAUGCCAAAAUGAGGGCAGUGGAAAAAAUGGACCAAACGAGCCUAACACGCUGAGCAAGCCGAAAGAACAAAAUGAACAACCUGAGGAGAGAAAAAAAAUUGACAUCAAUAUAAUACACACAGCCUACGUCAACUCAGCUUUUAUAAAUCACAUAAAUGAAGAAAAAAAUUUUGCAAAUAAAAACAUUGAAUUGUUUCGUCAUAUUAAUGUAAAUAUCAUAUGUACAAAAACAGGCAUUAAACACUUGGACAAUAUGGCAAGAAAAUCCACCAUAGCUAUACUUUUUGAACCUAAUGGCCAUGGAUCAAUUUACACAAAUUUGCAAGAAUUGAACGAUUGGUCUAUCCAUUUAUGCAUACAAAAUGAUAGAUAUUUUGUGGCAUUAAAAAAUUUUUUACUUUUUUUUAAUCAGACAUCGGGAGACGCUAUUGUGGAUUUCAUUGCUAUCGAACUCUCUUUAACAUUUCUCAAUUUAACUAUAAAUGAUUGGGACCAAUUUUUUACUCCCUUGCCAUCACUAUACAUUAAUUUGCCUUGUCCCAAGUAUGUAUUAGACAACAUAAUUCCACAUCCGGACCAUGAAAAGUAUCUAAUCAAGCCUCAAGGUUUACAAAAUCGAAUCGACAAAAUUGUUUUCGAAAUAGACCCCACUCAUGGGAGAUGUUUUAUCAGACCAUCUGGAACAGAGAUACUGCUUCGUAUUUAUGCAGAAGCACAAACUCUGAGACAGCGCGAUCAUAUUCUGGACAAAGUGAAACAGGCACUCCUUCAGUACAUUCACGAAACGGACAUGUGUUCUUCUCACGAGUCAUAG